AUGAGAACACCCACCUGGGCGCCGCUGGUCACUGCAUUUGCUGUCGAGGGCUCCGAGCAGUGCACUGUGGCAGCCUGGCGUGUGGGCCGUGGCAUCCAGCACGUGUACGGCGCUCAGCACCCCCCUUUCGACCCGCUGCUGCAUGGCACCUUGCUCAAGCCCGCCCCCAGGCUGCCGAGCACGCCUGCGAAGGCCAAGCGGGGGAGCACCUUCCAGGAGUUUGAGAGCAACACCAGCGAUGCCUGGGACGCCGGGGAGGACGGGGACGAGCUGCUGGCCAUGGCGGCCGAGAGCCUCAACUCGGAGGUGGUCAUGGAGACUGCCCACCGCGUCCUGCGCGACCACAGCCAGCGGCAGGGCCAGCACAGGCAGGCGGCGGAGGGGGGGCCCAGGCCUCAGGUAGAGGCUCCCGUGGCCCCCAGCGGUGACCCCCGGCUGGUGAAGUCUGUCAGUGAGAGCCACACGUCCCAACCUGCAGAAGGCGCUGGCGAGACGGCCCCCCUGCAACGCUCGCAGUCUCUUCCCCACCCCGUGGUGCUGGGCGGUGGAACGGCCGACCACAGUGUCCUCAGCAGCUCGGCCCUCAGCAAGAGGGAGGCCUCCCGGCUUGACAAGUUCCAGCAGCUCCUCGCUGGUCCCAACACAGACCUCGAGGAAUUACGGAGGCUGAGCUGGUCCGGGAUCCCCAAGCCUGUCCGCCCCAUCACGUGGAAGUUGCUGUCUGGCUACCUUCCGGCCAACGUCGACCGCAGACCGGCCACUCUGCGCAGAAAGCAGAAGGAAUACUUUGCUUUCAUUGAGCACUACUACGACUCCCGGAAUGACGACGUCCACCAGGACACCUACAGACAGAUCCACAUAGACAUCCCUCGCAUGAGUCCGGAGGCUUUAAUACUUCAACCCAAAGUGACGGAGAUUUUUGAAAGGAUAUUAUUUAUAUGGGCAAUUCGUCACCCUGCCAGUGGCUAUGUCCAGGGGAUAAACGACCUUGUCACUCCUUUCUUCGUGGUCUUCAUCUGUGAACACAUAGACGAGGAGGACGUGGACGCUGUGGACGUCUCCCGAGUGCCCGUGGACGUGCUGCGCAACAUCGAGGCCGACACCUACUGGUGCAUGAGCCGGCUGCUGGAUGGCAUCCAGGACAACUACACCUUUGCCCAGCCCGGGAUUCAGAUGAAAGUGAGAAUGUUGGAGGAACUCGUGAGCCGGAUUGAUGAGCGCGUGCACCGCCACCUAGAGCAGCACGAGGUCAAGUACCUGCAGUUUGCCUUCCGCUGGAUGAACAACCUGCUGAUGCGGGAGGUCCCCCUGCGCUGCACCGUCCGCCUGUGGGACACCUACCAGUCGGAACCCGAGGGCUUUUCUCAUUUCCACAUGUACGUCUGUGCAGCCUUUCUCCUGAGGUGGAGGAGGGAAAUUCUGGGUGAAAGAGACUUCCAGGGGCUCCUGCUGCUGGGGGCACACAUCCCAAACCAAAACUGGGGGCACAUCUUUGGCAGGGCUCAGCAGGGCGGCGAUGUGGUCCGGGUGGCAUGGUGGGAAGAUGAUCAGAUGCAGGAUGAGAUCAACAGUGGGGACUGUGACAGGCCGACUCAGCAGCCCACCCAGGGCAAGCGGGACAGGGGCCUGAACCAGGUGUGA